UAAAAUGUUAUCAUAAAAAACUCUUUAAUUGUUAAGAAAAUACCUGGAUGAGUUUGUGAAACUUGAAAAUGAAAUUGAGAAUAAGAGAGAAUAAUUAGCUCAUAAUUUAUAUUUCGAACCUUACACAAUUUUUUGCAGAUUAGAUUAUAAAAAGUAUUAUAAUGUCUCAUUAUUAGAAUCCUUCAUAUUGAUAUCAAUGACCUAAAGGUUUAUUUUUCAGAUCAUGAUAUAUUAGAUUGUGACGAUGACUUAUAAUUGCUGGUUAGAAAGAUAGACAUCGAUAAGGAUCAAUAUAUAUCAUUUAGCGAGUUAUAUUAUAAAAUAAAGUAGGUUCUCGCGAUAUAUUUUGCCCCAUAGAGAUCAAGACUUACAUUAAUUAGCGAAUAGUAGAUAAUCGUAUCAUCUAUUGGAGAAUAAGUUGCCAACUUUGGUUGAGAAAUAAUUAAUGUAAGUAUUUUUAGCAGAGAUUGAACUGAAUAAAACAAUGUUAAAAUAGAUGCAAUAAUUGAAGGCAUUACCAGAUUGGGACAAAAUAACUGCAUGGGAAUCAGUGAAUUCUGGCAGGAGAUGGGAUUAAAAAGGGUAAAAUAGAUUAAUUAUGUAAGACUAGAGUAAUACUUUGAUGAAACUAAGAUGCUGUGUAAUUCUAAGGAUAUCGAAAACUUUAUCUAUAGAAAUAGCAAAGAAAGGGACUAUAGAAUAAAUUAUUCUGAUUUUUUAUAUUUGGUUUUUGCUCAUGAGGAUUAGAAUGUAAAUUAUAAAUUUUUCACUCCUCAAAAAAAUUAAAAGUAGAUAUCAGAUAAAAAGUCUAAUUUGUUACCUAAGACAAAUUUUAGGACUAAUGAAUCUACUAAUUUAAAGAGUGAAAAAUUUAAUAGAAAUCUGCAAUCUUAGAGUCACCAUCAUUAGAAACAAAAUCAUGAUGAUGUUGAAGUUAGUGAAUUUAGAAUUAAUGAAUAUGAAGAUUAGAAUAUUUUGGAGUUUUUAAUAAAUAAAUUGAAAAUUUAAAAUCAACUAAAAGGGCAUUUAAUAAAAUAGCUAUUCUUUCGGAUCGAUGAGAAUAAGAAAGGUGACAAUAAAUUUUAUAAAUAGGCUUUAUAACUUUGGAUGAUCUGAUGAAUUAUUUCGAGAAAGUAUUGCAUGCUCCAUAAUAAAUUGAGAACCUUAUAAAAUUAGUGAAAAUAUUAGAUAAAAAUAAAGACGGUAUAAUUUCUGAGAAGGAGUUUUAUGAACAGAUUGUGAGACAUGCUUACAUUUAAUAGUUUUGAG